AUGGCUGAUAAAUAUGCGCAUGCUUUAGCUUUGAAUUUAACCUCUAACGAUAUCUUCCUCUGUAAAUGUACAUUACAUGGUACAUUCGGUAAAUAUUGUCAAUAUCAACUGACUCAUAACAGUGAUUCGUUUGAAUCAUCUGUACAUGCUCAAUUCGAUGAAUAUGAAAGAUCAAACGAAUCUUAUGGUUGGGGUAUUCAACAUCAUGGACAGAUUAUUUGUUAUGAGACUCUAUUUUGUGAUCACGGAUUGUUAUGUCUCGAUUGGCAUGAUAUUUGUGAUGGUGAACAAAAUUGUAUUGAUGGACGGGAUGAAGAAAAUUGUGAUAAACUCGAAUUUAAUGAAUGUAAUCAAGGAGAAUAUCGAUGUUUGAAUGGUAUGUGUAUAGCUGAGGAAUUUUGGUUAGAUGGCGAACCUGAUUGUAUGGAUUGGAGUGAUGAAAAAGUAAACACCUAUACAGGUUGGUGGUGUAAUACAUUACCGUCGAAUCAAGAAUGUGAUGAACACAUAUGUGAUUAUCGUACGGCGUGGUCAUGUGGUGAUGGUGAAUGUGUGCGAUGGCAACAACGUUUUCCAUUUCAAAAUGUAUUACCUACCGUUGAUGAUUGUUAUAAUCUUCGAAAUUUAUAUUUUAUGUGUGAAGUUCGUACAAAUCAUCGCGAAAAAUUAUGGACACAAAUCAAUGGUAUGUGUACAAAUAAUCUUUGGUAUGAUGUUGGUCAUCCAAAUAUGAUCAUAAAUUCUAAUGAAUCAAGACGAGAAAUGUGUAUUUAUUUAAUUCGAUGUUCUUUAUCUACGAAUUUCUAUUGUCCAUGUGAUGCAUCUAAUUGUCGCAUGUUAAUGAAUGAUUAUUGUGAUAAGAAUAUACUCUAUCCAUAUCCAGAUGGUGCUGUAAUUCGUCCCUAUUUAUUUCUUUCCUAUAAUUGGGAAAAUCUAAAUUUGAUGCCAGAUUCGUUAAUAAUUUUUGGUAGUAUCAAAUGUCGAGGAUAUCAAGCAUUCGCUUUUGGUGAAGAAAUUCGUUUAACUUUUGAAAUGGUUCGAUUCAAUCGCCUAGACUACCUAUUAUGUCUUUCAAAUUCUACUAAUUUUACUUCGUCUAUUCAGUAUGAUGAAACAUGUUGGAAUAAUUCAUUGACGUUCAAUGGACAACCAUAUGGUUUUUAUGAUAUUUGUCAAUAUACACGAGAAUGUAUUUCACAAUAUCGUAUUUCGAAUCAAUAUAUUGAUUGUCCUUAUUCGGAUGAUGAACGAACAAUAAUCGAAGAAGAUCUUUGUUCGAAUAUUCAACAAUAUCGAUUUCAGUGUUCAAACGAUCAACAUUCUUGUUUAACAGUACAAACAUUAGGUGAUCAAUCAACUCAUUGUGAUAAUUAUUUCGAUGAAAAUUUCUAUGGAUCUGGACGUUUUUUCAAUGAGUUUAUUUGUGAAAUUGACAAUAAAGAUAGUUGUAAUUUAUUAAAAGAUUAUUUACAACACGAGUCAAAUGUUAGUAUUUCAAAUAUAGUAUCACCUUCUCGUAUACGAUUUCGUGCUUAUUGUGAUGGUGAAUGGAAUCUUGGUGAUCACAGUGAUGAAUCUUCAGUUUUCUGUCUUCAAUGGAUUUGUCGUCAAGAUCAAUAUCAAUGUAAAACUGGUCAAUGUAUUGAAUUAAGUUGGAUAUGUGAUGGUACAUGGGAUUGUCAAGAUGGAAGUGAUGAAGAAGCGAUUAGUCUCAAUCAACCAUGGUCGAAACAUAAUCGAAAACUAGAGAAAAUAUUGAAUGAUCGAAUAACAAAAUGUAAAGAGCGAUUUCAUUUUCAACCGUUUAAAAAUCUCUGCAAUCUUUCAUACGAAUAUCCAUGUUAUUUAAAUGUGACAAAUCCACUUGAUAUUAUUAAAAACCAUCCUUGUAUUCCUCUAUCACAAAUCGGUGAUGGAAUUGCUCAUUGUUAUGGUGGACUAGAUGAAAAGAAUACAUUCGACGAUGGUUAUAAUCAAAUGAAAGGAUAUAAUCUUCGAUGUUCUAAUGGUGGUUUCUUUCAAUAUCCAUAUGCUUGUCGAAAUGAUACAUGUUGGGAUCCGAUACUUUGCUCAUAUAAAAGUACAAAUAUUUCUUAUUGUUCUGGAUUAAAUGAUGUUCUCUGUUUGAAUGGUAUUUGUAUUAAAAAUGGUCGAUGUAAUGAAGAAUUUGAAUGUCAAUUUGGAGAAGAUGAACAUUGGUGUCAACCGAUUGGACUUCCUAGUUCUCGUGUUUUUUAUCGAAAUAUGAAAAAAUGGUCACCAUCUCAAAAACAACAAAUCAAUUGGCCAUUUUUUCCUUUCGUGUCCAAGAAUACUCGAACAUUUACUCCUCGUCGAGCAUCAAAAAAUUCUUUAUUAUAUGCUAUUUCGUUCAUGUGUAAUCGAGGUAUUGCUGUAUUUGAACAAAAUAAUAUCAGUUGUCUAUGUCCACCGAGUUACUAUGGAGAUCGAUGUCAAUAUUUCAGUGAUCGUCUAACAAUUAUUGUUCAAAUAGAUUGGACAAGUUUUUCAUUAUUGAACUUAACUGGAAAAGAAUUUACUAUGGAAGUACUUUUUCGAUUUAAUGACGAACGAAUAAUUGAUCGUUAUGAAUUUCAUCUUAAUCCUCGAUUUGAUACUAAGAAAUAUAAAUUCUAUUUUGUCUAUUCUCGAUCGAAAGAUAUGUUACAACAUAAACAAUUUCGUUAUUUCAAUAGAAUAGAUAUUGAACAUAUUCAUCCUUAUUCAGUUCGAUUUGAACUCUAUUCUCACGAAUCAAAUCAAUCUAUCAUUGAACUUGGCUCAUGGUAUUAUCCAAUUUUUUUCGAUUUCUUACCUGCUUAUCGCUUAGCUGUUGUUCUCAGACUUCCUAUAUGGUUCGGCAAUAAAACAUUAGAUCCGUGCUUAAAUUCAAACAUUACCACAUGUCAUCAAAAUUCCAAAUGUAAGCCUAUCUUCAACUCAAAUAAUUCAUUCUAUUGCUCGUGUAACUAUGGUUUCUAUGGUAAACAAUGUAAUAAAUAUUUAUCCAUAUGUAAUUCUUAUUGUUCUUUUGAUUCAAUAUGUAAACCAUAUUAUUACGGAAAUGAUACAAAACCUUUCUGUAUUUGUCCAAAAUCUCAUUUCGGUCCGAGUUGUCAUCUUCAUUAUAAUGCAUGUAGUUCAUUUCCAUGUGGAAUCAAUGGAACUUGUCAUUUAACAUAUGAUCCCAGUGGUGAACGAUCCUACCAAUGUCAAUGUGAUAAAUUAUUUUCCAUUGAAAAAUGUCAAUCUAAAAAUGUUCUUAUUCAAAUCAAAUGGAAUACAACGGAUAGUCAAAUUAAAGUAUCUGUCAUUCAAUUCUAUGAUGUUCAUAUGGCUGCAUUAUAUCUUAUUCCGCAAUAUCAACAAGUUUCUCAUGGUAUUCCAACAAUUGUUCAGUACGAUCAUGGUCGAACUUUAGCACCACGUCUAGCUGUAUUGAAAACUUAUGAAAAUUAUCAUGCAAUAGGCAACUAUUAUCUUCUUUACAUUCAGCCUGAUGUUUCUAUUAUCAAUAUUCCUUCGACACCUGAACUUUGUCCUCAUGCAUCGAAUUUUAUUAUUGGUGACAAAGUCAUUUUUCAAUAUCACGAAAUAUGUCGAAAUGGAAGUUUUUGUUUCUAUGAUACAGAUUAUUUAUGUAUUUGUGAGAGUGAUCAUUAUCGAGCCGAAUGUUUUGAACAUGAUCUACAUCUUGAUUAUUGUGAUCGAUGUUUAUCGAAUGGAAAAUGUAUUCAAGGUAAUUUAGACAAUCGAACAGAUUUUAUUUGUCUUUGUCCACAUUGUUAUCGAGGAUCGAUAUGUGAAUUUAGUAUGGAAGCAUUUGGAUUUACACUCGAUUCACUUCUUGUCUCGGAUCCAAUAAUUGUUCAAAUUGUUUAUACUGUUUUGGCAUUUUUAUUUACUGUCAUUGGUUUUUUCACAAAUUUUUGUUCAUUUUUUACCUUUUAUCGACCACAACUACGAAAGAAUGCUGUUGGAAAUUUUCUUUUAUUUAUUUCGAUUCUUAAUCAAUGUGUCAUAUUUUGUCUUUUUGCUAAAUUCCUUCAUAUUUUACUCGGAUCAAUGGGAAUGAUUAAUCAAAUAUCAUGUAAAUCAGUGAAUUAUCUCCUUUCUGUACUAACACGAUCAUCAUUUUGGUUGACAAGUUGCAUCUCAUUGAAUCGUUUAUUUCUCAUUCUAAUGCCUUCUUCGACUCUAGUGAAAAAUGUUCGCUUAGCUAUCUAUUUGACUAUUAUUAUUAUUGUUCUUCUCUUUGUUACACAUAUUCAUGAAAUUUUGAUCUAUACAACAAUAGAACGACCUGAUCAAGAUGCAUUACAAUGUGUUACUAAUUUCAAACAAAAAUAUAUGGCUAUGUUCAAUCGUGCUAGUUCUUUAUUUCAUUCAUUAAUUCCGUUUUUUAUUCAAAUCAUUGCCAUUACUCUUCUGAUUGUUCUAGCAGCUCGAAGUCGAGCCAAGACAAGCUACGUCAGAGAACAAGGAGGAAGAAAUAAAGCUUUAAGUCGAGUGUUAAAAGUGCAAAUAAAUCGUCAGAAGGAAUUGUAUAUCACACCUGUGAUUAUUGUCUUAUCAUCACUACCACAAACAAUACUCUCAUUCACUUUGGCUUGUACACAAUUGAACGAUUGGAAACGUCAUAGUCUUCUUGCUGCUAGUCUUCUUUCCUAUACACCACAAAUAUUGGGAUUUGUUCUUCAUGUUCUACCUUCGACGCAUUAUAAGAAAGAAUUUAGUCAAACUUUUAUCGGUAGCCGAUUUCUCGAAUAA